UGGAACUGAAAAGAUAUCCAUCAGCUUCUGAUAACAUGGCAAGCAGAGUCGUCCAACGCUCCAGCCUCAUCGCCUCUCUCAACUUCUUCUCGGCGCCUGCUAAUUGACACAGCACAGCCUGAGCCUGAGAGGCAAAGAUAUGGGUUUUCUGGAAUGGCUUUGGGGAAUUGGCUCAUCUGCCUUCGGCUCUUCCACCGCCGAGCAAGUCACACAAGGAAUUGACGCGAGCCAUCUCACUGCGAUCGUCACAGAAGCAAGCAGUGGAAUAGGAAGGGAGACGGCUAGAGUUCUGGCGCUUAGAGGUGCCAAGGUCAUUAUACCAUCACGAACAUUGGACAGUGGUUUGAAGGUACAGCAAAGGCUCCUUGAGGAAAACCCCAACGCAAAGCUUCAUGUCAUGGAGAUGGACCUAAGCUCCCUUGAUUCGGUUGACUCCUUUGCUCGCUCUUUCACUUCAUCUCACGAGCAUCUGAACAUCCUCAUCAACAAUGCAGGAAUAUUUGGCUGCCCUUUCCAAUUGUCGAAAGAUGGAAUUGAGCUCCAAUUUGCCACUAAUCACCUAGGACACUUCUUGCUUACAAAACUCCUGCUCAACAAGAUGAAAGCCACAGCUAAACAAACAGGAAUACAAGGAAGAAUCAUUAAUGUUGCAUCAAAUACUCACCAUCGAAGUGAUGCAUCUUUCUUCGACGUGGAUACCAUUAAUGACAAAUCAAAGUACAACCGUCUUGUUGCAUAUGGUCACUCCAAACUUGCAAACAUACUUCAUGCCAAUGCCCUAUCCAAAUAUCUAAAGGAAGAGGGAAGCAAUCUGACAGCAAACUCUUUGCAUCCAGGAAUAGUACCGACGAACAUUGUUCGCUACAUAAACUUGAAUACUACUUUGCUGAAAAUACUUGCUUUUGUUGCACAACCAAUUUUAAAGAGCAUACCCGAGGGUGCAUCAACUAUUUGCUAUCUGGCGUUGCAUCCAAAAGUAAAAGGAGUCACAGGAAAGUAUUUUAUUAAUUGCAAGGAGGCAAUCCCUUCCAAACAAGCAAGAGAUGAAGAUUUAGCCAUAAAACUUUGGGAAUUCAGUGAAGAACUUCUCAAAAGAAGCAACAAAAAGGUGUCAUAGCCUACUCUCUAUCCCCCUCAGUAAUUGUUGUUUAUUCCUUCACUCUUGUACCACCUCACACUCUAUAUAUUUUUUUUGUAUGUGACUAAUCUAUAGAUUUGAAAGAAACAAAUCGACAUCUUAGCAAUUCAAAAAACUAAUUGAGGAAGUCUUGAUGUACGUUGAUAUUGUUGUGGUUCAUAUAGUUUUGUAAUGUUGAUGACCUCCAAAAUCACAAUCUAAACAUGAGUGAAAGCCCACUUUAUUCA